UUGCAUUUUUUUCCCCAGUAAUUUUUUUUAAUAGUUUUCUUUUGAAAACCAAACUAGCAAUCAAAGAGAAGCAGAUUUAAAUUUGUAUCGGUGGAACCUCUUUUGUGCAGCCUUUCAUCAGAUGAUUCACUGUCAAGCUGAAAUCUUGGAGAGAGGGAUUAAUGAAAUAGCAUCUGAAGCAGCAGUGAACUCUUAUGGAGUAAACCCUGAGAUCUUCCACACUGUUUGGUGGGAUAAUUUCAAGUUCUUCAGAUACAGAUUACAUAAAGAAGAUUCUAGGGCACGUGAUACAAGCUGAUUUCUGUACUUCAGAUAGUAGAAAAAUUGCUACCUCUAAGAAUGGAUCCUGAGGAGAUCUUUUCACAGCUAUAACUUUUCAUCUAUGCUUUUACCUCACAACUUUUAUUUUCAAUGUCAGUUUUUUUUAUUCCUAUAGGUAGCAUAAAAGAGUUCUCAAUAAACUGCUUUAUGUAUAAAAUACUUUAUUAUUAGAGUAAUGGAUUGCCUGUGCAUUGUAACCACAAAGAAAUACCGGUAUCAGGAUGAAGACACACCUCCUCAAGAACACAUUUCACCACAAAUUACUAAUGAAGUGAUAGGUCCAGAAUUGGUUCAUGUCUCUGAGAAGAAUCUAUCAGAAAUUGAGAAUGUCCAUGGAUACGUUUCUCAUUCUCAUAUUUCACCAAUAAAGCUGACAGAAGCGGUACCUCCCUCUCCUCCCACUGUCCCUGUGAUCCCUGUCCUGCCCGUCCCUGCUGAGAGCACUGUCAUCUUACCUACCACACCACAGGCAAAUCCUCCUCCUGUACUGGUCAACACAGAUAGCUUAGAAACACCAACUUAUGUUAACGGCACGGAUGCAGAUUACGAAUAUGAAGAAAUCACACUUGAAAGGGGAAAUUCAGGGCUUGGUUUCAGCAUUGCAGGAGGCAUGGACAACCCACACAUUGGAGAUGACACAAGUAUAUUCAUUACCAAAAUCAUUGCAGGAGGAGCAGCUGCCCAAGAUGGAAGAUUGCGGGUAAAUGACUGUAUACUGCGAGUAAAUGAAGUAGAUGUCCGUGAUGUGACACACAGCAAAGCAGUCGAAGCAUUGAAAGAAGCAGGAUCCAUUGUUCGUUUGUAUGUGAAAAGACGGAAACCUGUAUCAGAAAAAAUUAUGGAAAUAAAGCUCGUUAAGGGUCCUAAAGGUCUUGGGUUCAGCAUUGCUGGAGGUGUUGGAAAUCAACAUAUUCCUGGGGAUAAUAGCAUCUAUGUAACCAAAAUAAUUGAAGGAGGUGCAGCACAUAAAGAUGGUAAACUUCAGAUUGGUGAUAAACUUUUAGCUGUGAAUAGUGUAUGUUUAGAAGAAGUUACUCAUGAAGAAGCAGUGACUGCCUUAAAGAACACCUCUGAUUUUGUUUAUUUAAAAGUGGCAAAACCUACAAGUAUGUAUAUGAAUGAUGGCUAUGCACCACCAGAUAUCACGAACUCUGCUUCUCAGCAUGUUGAUAACCAUGUUAGUCCAUCUUCCUACUUGGGCCAGACACCAGCAUCACCAACUAGAUACUCACCUGUUUCGAAAGCAAUGCUUGGAGAUGAUGAAAUUACAAGGGAACCUCGAAAAGUUGUUCUUCAUCGUGGCUCAACAGGCCUUGGUUUCAACAUUGUAGGAGGUGAAGAUGGAGAAGGAAUAUUUAUUUCCUUUAUCUUGGCUGGAGGACCUGCCGAUCUUAGUGGUGAACUUAGAAAAGGAGAUCGAAUUAUAUCGGUAAACAGUGUUGACCUCAGAACUGCCAGCCAUGAGCAGGCAGCAGCUGCUUUGAAAAAUGCUGGCCAAGCUGUCACAAUUGUUGCACAGUAUCGACCUGAAGAAUACAGUCGUUUUGAAGCCAAGAUACAUGACUUACGGGAGCAGAUGAUGAAUAGUAGCAUUAGUUCAGGAUCAGGAUCUCUUCGAACUAGCCAGAAGCGAUCCCUUUAUGUCAGAGCCCUUUUUGAUUAUGACAAGACUAAAGACAGUGGUCUUCCCAGUCAAGGAUUGAACUUCAAAUUUGGAGAUAUUCUUCAUGUUAUUAAUGCUUCUGAUGAUGAAUGGUGGCAAGCCAGGCAGGUUACGCCAGAUGGUGAGAGUGAUGAAGUUGGAGUGAUUCCUAGUAAACGCAGGGUUGAAAAGAAAGAACGAGCGCGAUUAAAAACAGUGAAAUUUAAUUCCAAAACAAGAGAUAAAGGGGAGAUCCCUGACGACAUGGGAUCAAAAGGCCUGAAGCAUGUAACUUCUAAUGCCAGCGAUAGUGAAAGUAGUUACCUAAUCUUGAUUACAGAUGAGUAUGGCUGCUCGAAAGGUGGUCAAGAAGAAUAUGUCUUGUCUUAUGAACCAGUGAAUCAACAAGAAGUUAAUUAUACUCGACCAGUGAUCAUAUUGGGACCUACAAAAGACAGGAUAAAUGAUGACUUGAUCUCAGAAUUUCCUGACAAAUUUGGAUCAUGUGUUCCUCAUACAACUAGACCAAAACGAGAUUAUGAAGUAGAUGGAAGAGACUAUCAUUUUGUAACUUCAAGAGAACAGAUGGAAAAAGAUAUCCAGGAACAUAAAUUCAUCGAAGCUGGCCAGUAUAACAACCAUCUGUAUGGAACAAGUGUUCAGUCUGUUCGAGAAGUAGCAGAAAAGGGCAAACACUGUAUCCUCGAUGUGUCUGGAAAUGCCAUAAAGAGAUUACAGAUUGCGCAACUUUACCCAAUCUCCAUUUUUAUUAAACCUAAAUCCAUGGAAAAUAUCAUAGAGAUGAAUAAGCGUCUAACAGAAGAACAUGCCAGGAAGACAUUUGAAAGAGCCAUGAAACUGGAGCAAGAGUUCACUGAACACUUCACAGCUAUUGUACAAGGAGAUACUCUGGAGGACAUUUACAAUCAAGUGAAGCAGAUCAUAGAUGAACAGUCUGGUCCUUACAUCUGGGUUCCAGCGAAAGAAAAGUUAUGAGGACUGAUGUUGCUUCGUUUCUCUUCCAAAACUGCUUUUUUUGGGGGGGACAUUUCUUCGCCCUUGCCUUCUGUCUUCAGUACUGCUUCCUCCUUAAUGUUGAAUACAUCCCUAUCAUCAUGGUCUGUAGCUGCACUUAGAUUUGACCUCUAGUGUCCUUCAAGUCGCAGCAUCUGUAUUAUUUUAUGUCACUUUUGGUUUGUGGCCAUUUUUCAAAACUGAAGAUGGAAUGGCCUGACCAGCUAUUACGAAUUUGGAGAAAUGGGAAAAUUAUGGUAAAAUUCCUUAAUGUUUAAGGGAAAGUAACUCUAAGAUGUUUUCAGAAAAGCUUUAUAUACGUUCUUUAAAAUUUCAAUAUAAAUUAAAGAAAAGUGGUUUUCAUCAGUGAUUUAGUAAAUUUGAGCAACAGUGCACGCUUAAUUUUAGUAGCAUGGUUUGGCCAACAUAUUAACUCUCAGUCCCUUUCUCAAUUGACUUCAACUAUUGAAACCAAUAUUUCAUAAGGCAAAUGAGAAAAUAUAUGUUUUUUAAUUUCAAAAUUAAUGUCUGGUUCAACUUUCAUAAUUUCAUAAGGAAUUUUCAUUUGUCAUAAGAAUUCUUAAGUCUUUUGUCUUAAGGUUUUUGUUUUUCCCCAAGACAUUUGCUAGGAAUAACAAUGUCUAAAUGUUUUUAAUCUACUUGUGCAACACUAUUUCUAGUGUCUUGCAAAAUUGUUCAUGCAUAAUGAUUACCAUUUUUUCCAAAUUGAGGCCAUGUUUAGGUGCUAGGGCAGCUCUCCUUUUACAUAUAAGGCUGAGAAAAUGUCACAGACAAAACAGACGUUUUAGUAUGUUAUAAUAAACAUUAUGGCAAAGAAAAAGGAACCCAAUUCAUAGUUUAAAUCUUUCGAUGUAUUCUUAGGGGUCAGAUUUUAAUGAAUAUUUUACCCACAAUAACUGCCUAUUUUGUUAUAAUAAAAUAUAUAAAUAUAUAACUUUCUUUAAACUCUGUAACUAUGGAAAUUAUUUUCAUUACAUAGUUGCACACACAAACAUAUAUAUAUUUAAAAUAUAUUUUUCUUUUGCCACCUACUCUUAACUCUUUGGUUUUUAAAUUAAAUAUAAAUUGAUUAGACUUUAUCUUCCUUAAUCAUGUGAACUGAAAACAGGGGUAUGGUGGUUAUGGAAAGAAACUUCUAGGGAAAUUAGAUUACAAGUAAAAGUAUAAGCAUGUUCUCCUCUUUUCUACAAAGGUUUCCAACUGGUUCCUUGUUUGGCUUGGUUUUUGUCUUUCAUUACUGUUGUUUUUGCCAUUGGGUGUGGGUUGGUCCUCGGCCUCUUCAGGUUCUCCUCCUUUCACGAUUAGGAAAAAGGCCUACGCGCCAUUUGCAUUUUCCCUCCGUCUGCAGAUCUUCCCUUGCUCAGAGCUGCUCUGCACUAGAGUUGCACACAUCUUUAUGGUGAACAAUUGUAAGAAACUUUAGUGAAAGGUAGAUAUGAUUUCAAAAAUCAAUUCUCUGGUCUUUCAUAUUAUUAAUAUUGUUUGGCUUCCUGUUGCUUUCCUGGAGUCAUUUCUUGAAUAUGUGUUUUUGACAACCUCCUCACAGUUUUCUUAAAUGAGUACUAGUUUGUAAAGAUUUAUCAACAUUAUCCAUUCCACUUACGAGAAAGAGGAGAACAGCUAAUAAACUUUAUUGUGAAACCAUA